AUGUCCGCUUGGUCAACUCUCCGGCGAUCUCAACUCUUCCGCACUUUCUCCAUCCACAUCCGUUACCACUCUUCCCUACCAUCACCGCCAUUGCCUCCGCCCCGAAAAUUUCCCCACUUCAAUGGCGAUAAAGCUUCGUCCGGCAGAUGGAUCGCCGGAAUCAUUACAAGCUCCGCAGUAAUUGGGGUCGCUCUUUAUGGUGGUUAUUCUUUAUCCUUCGCUGAUGCCUCUAUCAUCAAUUCAUCAUCAGCGGGAGCUGCACCUGCUCUUAACUCUGAUGUCUCGGAUAGUCAGUCAAGAUUUAUUUUUGGAGAGGCUUAUAGGAGAAAAGUCUUCUUCAAUUAUGAGAAACGGAUACGAAUGCGAAGUCCUCCGGAGAAGGUAUUUGAGUAUUUUGCUUCUUUUCGUGCUGAUGAUGGAGAAGAAUUCAUGACUCCAGCAGACUUGAUGCGAGCAGUUGUACCUGUUUUCCCCCCAUCUGAGUCGCAUCUUGUACGAGAUGGAUACCUAAGAGGGGAACGGAGUCCAGGUCAUCUGCGUUGUGCCCCGUCAAAGUUCUUUAUGCUCUUUGACAUGGACAAUGAUGGUCUCAUAUCCUUUAAAGAGUACAUAUUUUUUGUGACAUUGCUAAGUAUCCCGGAAUCAAGCUUUUCAGUGGCCUUUAAGAUGUUUGAUCUUGAUUGUAACAAGGAAAUUGAUAGGGAGGAAUUCAAGAAAGUAAUGGCUCUGAUGCGAGCGCAUAAUCGACAGGGUGCUGUCCAUUGUGAUGGGGUUCGAGCAGGGCAUAGUCUUGUUGGAGGUUCAGUAGAAAACGGUGGCCUAGUGGAGUACUUCUUUGGUAAAGAUGGCAAAAAGUGUCUUCAUCAUGACAAAUUUAUCCAAUUUCUCAGGGACCUUCACGAUGAAAUGCUAAGAUUGGAAUUUGCCCACUAUGACUACAAAUGCAGAGGGACUAUAUCAGCCAAGGACUUUGCUUUGUCAAUGGUUGCCUCUGCUGAUUUGAAGCACCUAAGCAAGUUGCUUGACAGGGCUGAUGAUUUGGAUAAAGUUCCACGUCUAAGCAAUAUUCAUUUUACGUUUGAUGAUUUUAAAAGCUUUGCCGAGCUUCGGAAGAAGUUGCAGCCUUUUUCGCUAGCACUUUUCAGUUUCGGCAAAGUGAACGGCCUCUUAACAAAGAGAGACUUUAAACGGGCUGCAUAUCAAGUUUGCGGUGUUUCCCUCUCUGACAAUGUUGUCGAGAUAAUAUUCCACAUUUUUGAUGCGAAUCGCGAUGAGAACUUGAGUGCUGAUGAAUUUAUUAGGGUUAUGGAGAAAAGGGAGAAGGACAUUGGUCAACCAACAGAAGCAGCUGCAGAGGAAGAAAUCAUCGCUUUGACCUGA